CUUGACUUGAUACAAAGACCAACUUCAAAUUAUUGGUCACACUGUCUCUCAAUUGGGUCGUUCUUAAGAAAAUCAGAAGUAAAGUUUUGUUCAUUAAUCAACCAUACAGACAAUCCUCAUAACUUCCUCAGAUAUUUGUUUCAACAUCAUUUCCAUAGAUAUCUCAGCGUUUUUUUUUUUUUUCAGCUUAGAAUUUCAAGCAAUGGAUGAAAGGUUGAAGGCAGCUGCAACUUCAGGAGAUAUUAAAUCCUUGUAUUCAAUAAUUGGAGAAGAUGCUUACGUUCUAGAUUGCAUAGACAAGGUGCCCUUUGUAGAUUCUCCAUUACACAUCUCUGCAUCAAAUGGGCAUGUCCAUUUUUCUUUGGAGAUGAUGAGGUUGAAACCAUCCUUAGCCAAGAAGCUUAACCCAAAGGGGUACAGUCCUAUUCACCUAGCAAUGAAAAACGACCGAACUGAGACCGUGUUUCGACUUGCCGACGUCGAUCGAGAUCUUGUAACCUUGCAUGGGAAAAAGGGUUUAACUCCAUUGCAUAUUGCAGCUUCAAAAGGAAAAGAUAAAUUCUUGGCUAAAUUUUUGAUCUCAUAUCCAGAAUCUAUAAAAGGAUUGACUGAUCGUGAGGAAUCUGCUCUUCAUAUUGCUGUUAAAAAGGACAAAAUUGGAGCUUUGGGAAUCUUAUUGGAGUGGACCAAGCAAGCAAACAUGAACUCAAUACUAAAUUGGAGUGACGAUGAAGGAAACAACAUCAUGCAUGUCGCAGCACUUGAAGGAAACAACAUAAUGCAUCUUACAGCAACUGAAGGAAACAACAUCAGGAAUCUUGAAACACUUGAAAACAAAGUUAAGAUGGUGAAGCUUCUUCUGAGCUACAAAGUAGAUAUCAAAUCUAAGAAUUUAGAAGGCUUGACGGCAAUGGACAUAUUAAGACGAGGUGAAUUUUUGAGAGACAAGGAGUUAAGAGAGAAGCUGGAUGGUAACCACAUUCUAAAACAACCCAUACUCGCAAAGCUAUGGUCAUUAGUAAAGGCAUUUUUUGGUUUAAACAAUCGUGAGAUUCUACACACAUCUAAAGAGAAUCGAAAUGCUAUAUUAGUAGUUUCUGUGCUCAUUGCAACUGCAACCUAUCAAGUUCUCUUAUCUCUAUCAGACAAAGACAACGAAAUUUCGCCUUUAAAAUUCGAGUUUGAGGCCAUAAAUUUGAGAAUUGAUUCAUACCAACUUUUCAAGGCGUCUAACACUAUGGCCUUUUUUUCAUCAAUGAUGGAAAUUUUUCUUCAUCUUCCUUCUGACAUUAACUACACUUUGCAUUUGGGUGUCCCUCUUGUUACAUGCUAUAUAUUGCUGAUUCCUUUUCGGUGGUCAUCUUUUGAUUUAGUUCAUAUAGCUGGUGGUUAUAUUGUUUUGCUUGUUUUGUCCAAAAUCCCAAACAUUGCACAAAAGUUACGGGAAUGCUUCAACACAAGGAAGUUGAUCAAAAUUAAUUCUCUCAUAAAGCGCAGUCUCAGCAGGGAUAGAGAAUUGACUGAAAUAAGAACAGAAAUGAGACAGCACAGCAACUAAACAGUCCAAAUGACUCAAGGCUGAUUUCAUUCAACUCAAAGAAAGAACAAUCCAUAUCAGAGUAGAAGGAAAAUCUCUUUGUGAUCAAGAGGGUUUACUUGUGUUAGUUGAACUACUUUUUGGAUUUGUUCUUAAAAAUAUGAAUUCUAUGUCAGGUACCAUUCUUCUGUCUUUUUACUUUAAUAGGAGAUGAACCAAACUUAUGUUUGAGAUUCAAAAUAUUGGAUGACUUGAGACAGGAAGAAAGACCCCCUUGUUUCUUAC